AUGAAAUGCUUUAUCUGUAAUAUCACUAAUAGCAAGGAGAAAGUAUUAUCGUUUAAUGCUGAUACAUUUCAAAGAUGUUUAUUUAUUGAAAUAAGAAAAAAGAAUCAUUUCAAGUACGGUGAUUUAAUAUUAAUACCUGAACUUCAAAAAUCUGCCGGUUAUUAUUUGAAAUGUUACCGUAAUCUGGUUGCUGUAAAAAAAUCUAUGGUUGACGAAUUUAAUAAAUCUUCACAAAGAGUUAAUACAAAUAUUGAAAAAUUUACUAACAAUAUUUUAUUGAUCAUGACAAUUUUUAGCCGGAACAAAAUACAUCAUCUACUACAUUGGAAUCUGAGACAGAACAGAAUAAUAAUUCAACUGAUGUUUGCAUUUUUGUUCAUCACAAACAAGCUAUUAAAUAACAUUAAACUUUUUGCAAAUGGUUUGGAUGACUUUGAAUUAUUGGAGAAACUCAACAAUCGCAGAGUACUUGUCUAUCAUGCAAUUUGUAGAAUACGAUACCAAAAACAAUACGAAAAAACGUUAGAUGUUUUAACAGAAGAAACAAACUGGCAUAAAGUUAGAGAAAUACAUAUAGACGCACUAGAAGCAAUUUUGCAAUUUAUUGAAAAGGAAAUUAUCAACGAGGAAAAAGUAUUUUAUUUUUCUGACAUAUUUAAAUUUUACAAAGCAAUAUUUAUUGAAAUAGCAGACAAACAUUCCAAUGAUAUUAAAUUUGACACACAUAAAUCUAGUUAUUUAGAAGAGAAAAUUUUAAAGUCUUACGGAGAUAAGAUUAUUAUUGAAGCUUUGCCAGUAAACAUAAGAAACAAAGUAAUUUAUAAGCGUAAUAUUGACAUAUGUAAUUUAAUCCACUCAUCAGCAGUAAAAAAUAAUUCAGAAAAAUAUCGAUUGCGUGAUACAGCAUACGAAUUGCGUAAUAGUAUCAAAUCUUUGCCUAGCAAAAAACGUCCAAAUACAUUAACUACAGAUGACAUAUUUUCAGGAGAAUGUGAUAUACCUGAAGUAUUAUAUGAUUUUAUAAGUGCACUUGUUGAAGGACCCGACGUAAGAAGACAAAAGACUAAUGAUGACGAUGUGAGAAUAAAAUCACUAUGUGAAGAUAUUAUCUUUAUUGUGACAAAAGGCAGGAUAAAGCCACCAAAACAACUCAAGCUGGGCUUAACAAUUAAAUCAUUAACAAACAGCCGAAAAAUAUUAACUAUUUUAAAUAAACUUGGACACACUAUAGCAUAUACAACUGCAGAAGAAUUAGAAACAGAAUUAACUUUUACAUCGCAUGAAACAAGUACGUUGAUACCUUCAAAUAUACAAUGUUGUAAUAAUCUCAGUACAAAUGUUGCUUUCGAUAACUAUGAUCGUUAUGUGGAUACUUUGAAUGGUAAAGGUACUCUUCAUGACACAGUAGGAAUUAUUUAUCAAUUUAAAUCAAGUGAUUCUCUAGAAUCUACUGUAUCCGAUUCUGAUGGAGGGCGUCAAAUAAGUACAGAAGAAAUACCAAAGAAGCGACGAAAAUUCAAAGGAGUUCCUAGAGAAGUCCAACCCUAUUAUAAAAAAUUUAUCAAGAAAACAUCAUUGAUAUCUCUUAAUGAUAUUCAAAAAGUUUCCCAAGAUUGUUUACCAUUUAUACUGAAUGCUAAUUUAAGAGACUUAAUAUGGACAAUUUCUUUGAAUUAUGUACCUGAUACGCCUAUGUGGGUCGGCUUUAAUUCAACUGGAAGAGCAACCAAAAUAGAAAUUUGUGAUUUUCUCUUAAAUGCAAGUACUGUAGGUGAAAAAGAGAAAAUAAAAUUUAUUAAAGACUGCAACACAGAUGAAAAAUGCUUUGGGCAUAUUGAAUUUUGCAUCUGA